AUGGACUUGGAGGCCAGUGAACCAACAGACUUUAGUUCUGGAGGUCAUCAUCAUCUGGUUCGGAAAGCAGCAGAUAGUAACGUCCAAAUCAAGUCUGGUCAGUCCUCCACAUCUGCACCUUCUGAGCCACAAAAAACUCACGGGAAUCCACAUUCAAAGAUGAGAGAGCGAACGGAUGUCUAUGUGGUACAAAUUUCAGAUGAGACCACCCCAGAUGAGAGCAAUAAUUUAGCCAGUCCAUUCUCAGAUGCAUCGAUCCGCAGAGCUUUCAUUAUAAAAGUGUUCCUGAUCCUGUCAGCUCAGUUGGUGGUCACUGGGGCAAUUGUCAGCGUGUUUCUUUUCUGGAAAGGUUUAAAAACUUGGGUGCUCAUGAAUGCUUGGUUCACCUACGCAAUCUUGCCGGCAUUUUUUGUUGUACUGAUUGUACUUGCUUGCUGUGGGAAACUCCGCCGUCAGGUGCCUGUGAAUUACAUCCUCCUGGGAUUAUUUACAGUUCUUCAAGGUCUGCUGCUCGGAGCCAUAUCAGUUUUCUACAAUGCCGAGGAAAUCUUAUGGGCAACAGCAGCAACCGCUCUGGUGACGUUAUCGCUCACUUUGUUUGCUCUUCAGACAAAAUGGGAUUUCACGAUGUUGAACGGAAUCCUAUUUGUUUCACUCUUCGUACUUCUUAUCUAUGGAAUUCUCUUACUCUUCAUACGAUCAUAUUGGCUGCAUCUGUUGUAUGCUGGCCUUGGAACUAUAAUCUUCUCACUUUACUUGGUGAUGGAUGUACAGCUCAUGGUGGGAGGGCGCCACCAUCACUCUGACCUGGACCCUGAAGAGUAUGUUUUUGCUGCCCUGAACAUCUACUUGGACAUCAUCAACCUUUUCAUUUUUAUUUUGCAACUGAUUGGACUGGGACGGUAGUCAUAUGGCCAAGACUAGUUCAUGCUAAAAAGAGGGAAGGAGGGAUGCCUGUGACAUGUUGCCAGGCAGAGACAUGUGGAGGUUACCACUUUAUAAAACUUUUAUUUAAAAAAAUUUUU